CUAUCUCCAUUUUGUUUAAAAAUCGACUCGACUCUUCAGCAACAAGACUACCCGCGCCUUUUUUCUCGUCUACUUGAGGUAAUACGUUCUGUAACAUAGGCUACUUCGUGUGGCGUUAUUUUUUUGACAACAAGAAGGUCAAAACUGUUAGGAAUUGCCAUAGAGUGAGAACGUUGACUUUACUUCAGAAGAAAACAAACUACAACGUUGCGCAGUCAGACCUGCACAAGAACAAUGAACAGCAUUGGACCCGCUGAAUUGAGGAUUGUACUGCUUGGUAAAACUGGCGUGGGGAAGAGUGCCACAGGAAACACCAUUCUGGGACGAGAUGUGUUUCAUUCUGAUUUAGGCUUUUCUUCAGUUACCACACAAUGUCAGCUGGCAACUGCUGUUAUUGGAGAGCAGACCAUUUCUGUUGUUGACACUCCAGACUUCUUCUAUUCAACACACACAGAGGACUUGGACUCAGAGAUCAGGAGAAGUAUUACUCUGUGUGGCUCGGGGCCUCAUGCCUUUGUUUAUGUUCUGAAGCUGGAAACAUUCACAGAGCAAGAGGCAGAUGUAGUGAAAGUGAUUCAGAAACGAUUUGGGGAGGCUGCAGAUAAGUACACCACUAUUGUGUUCACUCAUGCAGAUACACUGAAUGGUGCAAACCUGGAGGACAAUCCACUCUUAUUAGACCCAAAUGGUGAGAGAUAUCCCAUAUUUAAUAAUAAAGACAGAGCAAACAGGCAGCAGGUACCUGAGCUGCUGGAGAAGAUCAGCAUAAUGGUGACAGAGAAUGAAGGUAGCUACUACACAAUGGAGAUGCUUGAUGAGGCAGAAAGAAAGGCAGAGGAAGAGAUAGAGAUGCUGCGAGAGGAGAUACACAGGAAGGAAGAGAGGAAGAGGGAGGAGGAGCAGAGGGAGUUAGAGAGGAUAGUGAUAGAGACAGAGGUGCGUGUAUUCAAAGAGUUGAAAGAGAAACGUCAAAGACAGAUGGCUAAAGAAAAGAAUAGGGAAGAGAUUUUGAAACGAAUGAAACAGGAGGAUAGCAUUCUGAGUGUACCUAAAGAGAUGGGAAAUACGAAUAUUGAAAGGAUAAAUACGGAGAACAAAGAAACAAGACUUGUUACUAGUAGGGCAUUAGACAGAAAUGAAGUCUCUAAAGUAUGCAGAUCCAAUUGGGUAUGGGUUCUUGCUUUUAUCUUUGCUGUUGUGGUUAUAAGUUGUGUGUUGUUGCUAAUCCACAACUAUACAUAAACAAUGUUCUGGACAGCAAUCAGACAAUCUUGUCAUCCAUAUUAAGAUUGACAAUGUAUGGCUAGUGAUUUAAUAAUGGGCCCCGGGGAAGGUUGUGAAGUAUUUGGAUGUUAGAACAUAUGCCUUAAAAUGAAGUGAGUGUACAUGUCUCUAAAAUUCCAUCUUAAAAAUACCCAAAAACAAUGAUGCUAAAACCUUUACUGAUUUACGCCGGUAUAGAAGAAAAGAAGGGAAAACUCCAAGGGACAGGAAUGAUUAGGAAGCGCCAGUCAAGUCUACCAGCUGCAGGCUGACCUUGAGAUCCUAAGUAUCACUAACUCAGCAGAUCAAGAGUAUAAAAGAUAGAACACAAAGAGCAGAUCUUUAGUUCGAUACCCGGGGUUCCAAACUGGGGAUUUUGAUUUUGUGAAGACUCAAUAAACUUUCUGCAUCAAACUCU